CAAAUUAGGUCUAGUUUUAAUUGAAAAAAUGAGUCGUAGUUGAAAAACAAUGAAAAAUUAGACACUUGUCCUUUAAAAGAAGCCUUAACGAGGCGAAGAAAUAGGAAACAACACGCUUGCUCUUCCGUUCUUUCCAAAUUUCUACCUGCCAAAAAGGGGUCACCAUGUUCAAGUUGACGAUGAAGACUAUGUGUUUGAGCUUGGCCUAAUCAUCAAUGUUAUAGCAAUUUUUUUUAGGAUAUAUGAAUGAUUUGUGUUAAUUCGAGGCGGUAUGCAAUAUUUGUAUACUGGUGAACAUUCUGAUAUAUCUUCUUGGACUUCACCAAAAUAUAAAAAAUGAAUCCCAUGGUCAGCUUCUACCGGAUCUACUGUUAUUGCUAAGAAUCUUACGACUGAACUUUUUGAUCAGAUUUUAGUCUCCUUUGCCUUCUCAUACAAUGGGUUCUUACCUGAACUUCAAGAACUUUGCUGACACAUCACAGCCAGAGAGCAGUGGUGGGAAGCCAAUGAAUAAUGAUAAUUUUUCGUUGGCUCGACAAUCUUCCAUAUACUCGUUUACCUUUGAUGAGCUCCAAAGUACAUGUGGACUUGGGAAAGAUUUUGGGUCAAUGAAUAUGGACGACCUAUUGAAGAACAUUUGGACAGCUGAAGAGUCUCAAGCCAUGUCAUCUUCUGUUGCUGGUGGAAAUGUAAGUGUGCCAGUGGGAAAUUUGCAGAGACAGGGUUCUUUGACAUUGCCUAGGACAAUAAGUCAGAAAACUGUUGAUGAAGUAUGGAAAGACUUUCAGAAAGAGACUGUUAAUGCCAAUGAUGGAAGUGCCCCUGGAGCAUCAAACUUUGGGCAGAGGCAAUCUACCUUGGGAGAAAUGACGUUAGAAGAGUUUUUGGUUAGAGCAGGAGCAGUGCGAGAAGAUAUGCAACCAACUCGAUACUCAAAGGAUGUUACAUUCACUAGUGGUUUCACUCAACCAAGCAGUAACAACAGUAGCUUGAACAUAGCAUUUCAACAAGCAACUCAAAACCCUCAACAGUUGAGUAAUCAAAUUGCAGAGAAUAGCAUAUUCAAUGUGGUUACUACCACAUCUUCACAGCAAAAGCCUCAGCAGGCACAGCCCCUUUUCCCCAAACAAACAACUGUCGCAUUUGCUUCACCGAUGCAACUAGGGAACACUGCUCAACUGGCUAGCCCAGGGACAAGGGCUCCCAUUGUCGGAAUGUCUAAUCCGUCUGUAAAUACUAGUAUUAUUCAAGGCAGUAUCAUGCAAGGUGGUGUUAUGGACAUGGCAGGAUUGCAUAAUGGGGUCACAUCCGUAAAAGGAGGAUCCCCUGGAAAUCUUGAUCCUUCAUCUCUUUCACCUUCACCUUAUGCAU